AUGAGUUAUUUCGUCUCAUUUAUAGAGGCUGAAAAUGAGAUGUGGGAAUCCUUGAAAACGUCCAACGAUGUCCUUCACGAUUACUAUCACAAGUUCGGGGUUCAAUGGAUUCAUGACAACAAGAAUCGUCUGAUGAAUCUCACUGGAAAAUCUAUCACUCAUAUAGAAAACGUUCUGAGACUAUACCGAAACAAAGAUAGAGCAACAGGACAGAUCAUCAAAGCGUUCUCGUACACUCCGGAACAAAGAGAGGGACUUCUCGAAGCAUUCAAUCUCAAUCCAUCCAUCAAUACAGUGGAAAUCGGAGAGCUAUCUGAUAAAACUGGACUCACUAGAUCUCAAAUCACAUCGUGGUUCAGCAAGCAGAGAAAAAUUAAAAAUGGAACAGUUGUGAAGAAGAAGAAGAAGGCGAGACCGGCGUAUUUCUCGAUUGAGAAUAUUUUGUCGGACAAAUUCCCAGAGAAGAAGAAGAAGAUGAUGGAGUUUAUUUAA